AGGACAAAGCUCUUAUAACCUCAAGUUCGUGCCGACCUGAUUCAAUCUAUUAGAAAGUAAUAAGACCUAACAGAUCGAUUUAUUUACGAUAGUCUAUUUAUCUCUUCGAAAUACAUUCGAAGCAUCUAGAAAGAGAAAGGUUAAUUAGAACCCUAAAACCCCCUCAGAUUGCUCCCACAAAACCCUACAAUUCGUGCUGCCCUGUGAAAACACAAAUUUCAGUUCACCCUUUACUGUGAUCAAUGGCAACACUGCGGGCUCGACCCUUUCAGAGGCUCUGUAAUUUAUCUUCUUUGAGGACUGCAGCCAGACAAGCCAUAGGGGAGCAGGCGCUCUCAUCUUCAAACAGCAUUAAUAAUCCACUGAGAGCCAUUGGCAAUCAGGUGAUGCAUGCUCCCCCAGCUUAUAAUUGUUGCUCGAUUCGGUCUCGAAUCACAUUCCCAAUUCCCGACCCAAAGGAAUCUCAUGCUAAGGAAAAUGAACCGGGCAGGAGAAAAAGGCCUCCUGCGGAUUUAAGUGUGUUGUUCCCGGGGCGCGACAAUGACCAUUGGCUCGUCGUAAUGGAGCCUCCUAAGGAGUUUCGCCAAGCUCCUAAGGAUGGACAGAUAAAGCGUUAUAUUAAAUGUCUUGCUACUGUGUUGGGAAGUGAAGAGGCAGCCAUAAAGGCUAUGUAUAGUAUAUCUGUGGAUCGAUUUUAUGGAUUUGCAUGUGAAGUUUCGGAGGAUGUAGCGAAAAAGCUUAGAGAUACACCUGGAGUCUGGUAUGUAUGGCAAGAUUCAUAUGUUGAUAAAGUCAAUAAGGAUUAUGGAGGGGAAUGGUUUAUUGAUGGAAAAGUAGUACCGAGGCCUCCUGAAAGGGAGAAAUUGAUCAACGGUGAUCCUGGUCCUUCAUAUCGAAACAGAAGGGAUAGGGCAUCAUCAGUGGUGGAUCUUGUUCUCGAUGAAGAGAGAGUCAUGGAGGAUUAAAGCUGUCAGUAUUUUUGAUGUUUAGAAGUAGUGUACUGUUGGCUAAAUUUGAGCACACGAUGAUGAUGCCGUUCUCUACUUGACGUGCUUGAGCUUUAGGCAAGUUGUUUUCUAGGUCUUUGCAAAACCUAUUGUUAGUUUGCUCAAUACGUUGAUAUGCAGUAAAUGUGGCACUUGCAUACCCACUCUUGAAGAUGCAACUUUUUGAAGAUAUUGUCACUGGUGGACUAUAUAAAUAUAUGAACAUUUUGUCUCUCUUGAAUAUACAACUUUUUGAAGGUAUUGUUUCUGGUGGACUAAGUAAAUAUAUGAAUAUUCUUCUUGUUGGCUUUUUA